UUAGCAAAGGUUAUAGGGCAACAUUAGAAGUUAAGGGAGUUGGUUACAAAGUGGCUUACAAAGAAGGAAAAAUAGAGUUGUCACUAGGUAAAUCUCAUGUGGAUUAUGUUCCCAUCCCUCUCGGUUUACAAGCGGCAGUAGAAACCAACAAG